AUGGGGGCGUUGUUCAAGAGCGAGCAAAUGGCCCUCUGCCAGCUGUUCAUUCAGCCAGAGGCAGCCUAUCCUUCCGUUUCCGAACUCGGGGAAACGGGAACGGUUCAGUUUCGCGAUCUCAACGGCGAUGUGAAUUAUUUCCAACGAAAAUUCGUGAACGAGGUGCGUCGAUGCGAUGAAAUGGAACGAAAACUUCGAUACAUCGAGGCUGAAGUGAAGAAGGACGGAGUGCCGAUCGUUGACGACCUUGCGGAACUACCACGGGCACCGAAUCCUCGUAUGAUCAUAGAUCUCGAGGCCCAUCUCGAGGAAACGGAGAACGACAUAUUAGAGCUGAGCCAAAACGCGGUGAACCUGAAGAGUAACUACCUCGAGUUGACGGAAUUACGGCAUGUGCUCGAGAAGACUCAAGUGUUUUUCACGGAGGUAGCUAAAAAGAAUCAAGAUUCGUAUCUUCUUCUAUAUCAACAGGAAGAGGCCAAUGACUCGAUCACCAGGACGCUAAUUAACGAGGAAGCACAGAAUCCAAGCGCGUCAAGUCGGGGACGUCUCGAAUUCGUUGCUGGAGUGAUAAAUCGGGAACGAGUACCGUCUUUCGAGAGAAUGCUGUGGCGAAUAUCACGUGGAAACGUAUUUCUACGUCAAGCUGAGCUCGAUAAGCCAUUAGAAGAUCCAGCUACUGGUAAUCAGAUUUUUAAAACGGUGUUCGUCGCGUUUUUCCAAGGGGAACAGCUGAAGAGCCGUAUCAAGAAGGUUUGCACUGGUUUCCACGCGUCUAUAUACCCGUGUCCGCAUAAUCAUGCGGAUCGCGAGGAAAUGGUCAAAGGUGUUCGAACGAGGCUCGAAGAUUUGAACCUGGUUUUAAAUCAAACGCAAGAUCAUCGUCAACGUGUGUUACACAACGUUGCCAAGGAAUUGCCGAAUUGGUCAAUCAUGGUUCGAAAGAUGAAGGCGAUUUAUCACACGAUGAACCUGUUCAACAUGGACGUGACGAAAAAGUGCCUUAUAGGUGAAUGUUGGGUACCUGUAGCGGAUCUCGCCAUUGUCAGAAACUGCCUUACUGAAGGAUCGCGUCUGUGCGGUAGCACGAUACCGUCUUUCCUCAAUGUUAUCCACACAAACGAAAAUCCUCCGACGUUUAACAGGACGAACAAGUUCACCAGAGGUUUUCAAAAUUUGAUCGACGCUUACGGAGUGGCGUCGUACCGUGAAGCUAAUCCAGCCCCAUACACGAUUAUCACUUUCCCCUUCUUGUUUAGCGUCAUGUUUGGCGAUUGUGGACACGGUUUUAUCAUGACCCUGUUCGCUGUAUAUAUGAUCGUGUUGGAGAAGAAGUACUUGGCGCAAAAGUCGUCGUCCGAAAUAUGGAAUAUGUUUUUCUCCGGGCGUUACAUUAUCCUUCUCAUGGGUUUGUUUUCCAUUUACACUGGCAUCAUCUACAAUGACCUGUUCUCAAAGCCAUUAAACAUAUUCGGGUCUAGUUGGAACGUAACGCGCGAUAAAACAGUCAUACACGAUGAUAUAGGACUCAAAGAGAUGAUUACCUUGACGCCGGAUAAGGAUUACGUGCAAACGCCUUAUCCAAUGGGUAUGGAUCCGGGCUGGAUAAUAGCUGAGAACAAAAUAAUAUUCUUGAAUUCGUACAAAAUGAAGCUGUCGAUCAUCUUCGGCGUCGUGCACAUGAUCUUUGGCGUGUGCAUGAGCGUCGUUAACAUUAUAAAUUUCAAGAGAUACUCGAGCUUAUUCCUCGAAUUCUUGCCACAAUUACUUUUCCUUAUUUUGUUAUUUUUCUACCUGGUAGUUUUGAUGUUUGUCAAAUGGGUCCUGUACGACGCUACUUCAGAAGAUAUUAGGUACACUCCCGGCUGUGCACCGUCAGUUUUGAUUACGUUUAUUAAUAUGAUACUGGCGGGUGAAGAGCAGUCGAUAGGCGAUUGUCACCCGUACAUGUAUCCGGGCCAGUUUAUCCUUCAGAAAGUAUUAUUUGGACUCGCGAUUUUGUGCGUGCCUAUAAUGCUCUUCGGGAAGCCGCUUCUUUUCUUGUUCAGGAAGAAAAGACAAGAGAGAAGAAUCGUGGUGAGCACAAAAGGUAAUGGAACUCCAUCGCAAGACAUCGAAUUGCAAACCGAAGGUCUACAAAAUAAUCCGACCACCAACAGCGAAACUACUGAUCAUCACGAGACCGAAUCGUUCGGUGAAAUCAUGAUACAUCAGGCCAUUCAUACCAUAGAAUACGUUCUCUCAACAAUAUCUCACACUGCCUCUUAUCUACGUCUGUGGGCUUUGUCGUUGGCCCAUGGACAACUUUCCGAAGUAUUGUGGAACAUGGUGUUAAGGAAAGGUUUCGGCAAUCCUACCAACUACUUCUACCUACAAAGCGUUAUGUUGUUUUUUGUUUUCGCCGCGUGGGCCUUUUUCACCAUUUGCAUCCUCGUGAUGAUGGAAGGGCUCUCAGCUUUCCUUCACACCCUUCGGCUUCAUUGGGUGGAAUUUAUGAGCAAAUUCUACGACGGCCAGGGUUACCCGUUUCAACCGUUUUGUUUCAAAACUAUCUUAGAUACCGAAGACCUCGAAGACCAUUAG